AUGUAUGUGUACGUUUUGUUCCCAGGUCCAGAAGAAGCGAAAGAAGGGCAGAAGAUAACCGAAGAAGUUGAACAGCAACUAAGUCAUCUGCGACAGCAUGAUAAACAAGGCAUUGUUCUUCGAGAGUCCAAGCAUGUUCACAAUGAGAACAACAAUGGCCACCAAAAAUUUAGUGAGACAAAACAAAGUGAGGUGAGAGACCUUGGAAACAACCGGUAUUUGGCUAAGUGGAGACAAUCCCAAGAUUUGAAGCAAGAACCAAAUGAGCAAAAACCACACAUAACAGAAAAAACUGAACUGGAUAUUCCACCCUUGGGGAUUCAUAGAACAAACAUAAAAAACGACGAAAGCGUUUAUGAAUAUGAACAAAACAAUGAGCAGAAGAAGAAUGCUGACAGUUGGGAGUCUCCUGAUAUCCAAGACAGAGCCGAGGAUUACUACAGUAAAUUUUCAGGCCUCCAGUACUCCCCUGUCGACUUGGCUGAAUACAUCAUGAGGACUGACGACGAGAAAGGCGUAGCAAUGGCUAUUGAUGAAUUACUAUCUGAAGGAAUGAUGGACAGAGAACAAGCAAUUGACUACCUGCAAAACGUGAAAACUGAAUUAAACUACAUGAGAGGACAAUAUGACAUACCGCCACAUGUGAAAGAAUUCUUAGAAAUCAACGAGAUGAAAAGAACUGAGUCAGACGAUGUUGAGAAAAACAAGUUGAGGCAACAGAAUUUAUUCAUCAAAAACGACAAACAAAAAGAAACCGAUGCUCUCAAAGAACCAUCAGUAACACGUCCUACUGAGGAACCACAAGUCACAACAGUUAUUACUGUAGCUCCUAAGCCUAAACCUAGCGAUCAAACUUCUGCUAUCGGACAAACUCUGGCCCUUCGUUCCCAACCAACCAUACACAAAACUCCCAUCUAUGACUCAAUGAAACUACAACCAGAAAUCCAUAUGGCUAUGGCUAUGAAAAACCUUCUGGAUGCUGGCUCCUUUUAUGAAGAAUACACCCUGAAAGAAAUAAUAUACCAGUUAGCAAAGGACAUGUUCGAACAGAGUAUGCUCAGAGGUGACCCAACAGCGGAAGAAGUACUCUCCAAGUUUAGCAACUUUCUUGAGAUUCAGGUAGCAACCAACAAGAUCUCCAGAGAGAUGGAACAGACAAUUUUAGACAUCGUUAGUGCUGCCCUGAUUGACAGUUUCAGGGAAAACCCACAGUUUUUCCAGAUGAACAACGGAGCUCCUUACGGUGAUUCUGUAAGUGGCCAACAGAAGGUGUUAAAUACCAACCACGAAAUGGAAAAUUCGCUCGAGAAUAAACGAGAUCAUUCACCAGUAGAAGACACAGAAAAGUCUGUAUUAAGAGUUUCAUCUGAUUAUCCAGACCCAACCUUUAUUAUCAUUGAUUUGGAAAGACAGCCAAACAACAAAUGUGCAAGGGGCUUGAAAUACACAAUUAUGAUUCACGCUGCUGUGUUUGAUCGGUUUGGCUUCAUUGUUCCCACUUUCGCUCUCUUUAUGAUAGAUGGCGCUGCUAAUUUCUCAACUACGGUGUUUGC